UGGUUCGUGUGUACGAGGUUCUAGGGGGCCCAGCUUUGCUCAGAUUUUAAAGAAGAACACGUGUGUACCUCCUGGAAUGCACAUGCCUUUCCUGGCCCCGAACUUCUCUGUUAACCUUAACAACAAUGCAGCUAUGGGAUCAAAAAAGGAUGUUCUACCCAAAUCUACUAAAAUUGCUCAAAAUGCACUGGUUAAAGAAGAAACAAGACAAAAGAACAUCCCAGAAGAGCUUCUUGAAAAAUACAGGAGAGGAGAAACGCAUGCUGUAUCGGCAUUGUAUGAGUUGGCCCAGUUACUGCAAUUUCAUCUUGAGUUCAAGGAAACGGUAACCACAGGUAAUAUCCAAGGACUCUACUUUGCAUUCUGCGCUGUAAUUGAUGGUGUUGAGUACAAGACAGGAAUGGGACAGAAUAAAAAGGAAGCGAAGGCCAGUGCUGCAAGGUUUGCUCUUGAUGAGUUCCUGCAGUCUCUUGACAAAAAGCCAAAGCUCCUUGAAUCAUCAGGCCCUCCUCCACUGCCUUUGAAACCCAAGGAGAGUCUUCAGCAACAGAGCUUGCAGGGCAAGGGGUGCUAUUCAUUGAAUUGUUUUAAUUUGAUUUUAGAAAGAAAAAACCCAAUGUACGAAAAGAUUCUACUAGCUGUGAAGCAGGUGCUCAACAAGCUGAUUGACAAGCACCCAGAGUUUCGAAGCUGUGGGAGUACUGUGGCAGCUUUUGUGAUUGAAACUUCAACAGAAUGUGAAGUUGUGGCCAUAGGAACGGGGGACUUUAACACAAGUGAGUGUGUUCCUGCUAAUGGCAGGACCCUGCAUGACUCGCAUGCUGUUGUUUCUGCAAGACGCUCCCUGCUACGGUUUCUCUACAGGCAACUUUUACUGUUUUACAGUAAAAACCCUACAAUGGUAGAAAAGUCCAUAUUUGUUCCAGACCAGACAACAAAACUGCUCAUCCUGAAAACAAACGUUACCAUUCAUUUGUACAUGAAUCAACUGCCAAAAGGAGCCGCUCAGAUUCAGCCACAGUUACGCCUAAACCCACACUCCAUUUCUGCAUACGAGGUUAGCCACCAGAUGGGGCUUCAUGUGACUGUUGAUGGCAAGGUCUUCUCUGCAUUCUCAUGCCAGUUUAACCAGGUUGCCUCCAAAGUAGUGAGCAUGUCGGCCAGUGACAAACUUAUGCAAUGGGAAGUGCUUGGCUUCCAAGGAGCCCUCUUAAGCCAUUACAUAGAGCCCAUUUACAUUAGCAGUAUUUUAAUGGGGGAUGCUAACUGCAGUGAUGUAAGGGGACUAGAAAUAGCUGUAAAACAGCGAGUCGAUGGGAUUACUUCUAGGUUGCCCAUGUACUACUGUGUCUACAGACCUCAUAUUAAUCUGGUGUCCUCAGCCCACCCCAUAGAAAUGAGUCUGGCACAAAAAACACUGAGUAUGAACUGGAGUCAGGGAGACAUUUCCUUGGAAAUCGUUGAUGGUUUGACUGGAAAAACAGUUGAAAGUUCCCCAUUUAAAACUGGUACAGCAAUGGCAAGUCGCCUCUGCAAAGCUGCAAUGCUUAGUCGUUUCAAUUUGGUUGCCAAAGAAGCGAACAGACAAGAACUUCUUGAAGCUGUUACUUAUCAUGAAGCAAAGAUGAUGGCGAAACCUUACCAAGAAGCCAAAAACGUGCUGCGGUCCUAUGUAAUGCAGCAUGGUUUUGGUACUUGGAUUGCGAAAUCUCCUGUCAAUGAACAUUUUUGUAUGUGAUUUGCACAUAAACGUAGAAGUCAGGGUUUGGAGGAAAUAUAAAGAUAACCUGUUAAGACUAAUACAAAACCAUUUCAUAGAUUAUUUGGCACGCAGGUAAAUAAAGUCAGGACUUCUAUUUUUGGAUCCUAGACCAGUCUGUUCAUACUUCAUUCUCUAUUUGUGUAACUAUAAGGCGUUCCUGAUUUGCCAGAAAGAAGAAAGAAAAUGUUAAAACUACUUGAAUAAUGACUUCAAAUGACUUUCAUACUUUUUUUCUCCUUGUUCAUAAGUUUUGGGAAAAACUAAUGGUGGUUUUUUGAAAAAAAAAAAAUGACCUGGUUUGGGUGUUUCAGAUAAUUUCUUUUUGUUUUUCAUGUCCUUAGUUUGAAGCGGUUUACAUAGUAUUCUGGAAUACAGAAUAAUUAUCUGGAACAUACUACCUUAUUUUCAGGGACAAUUGAAGAAUCUUCAGUGUCAGGCUGCAGUUCCACAUCCCUAGGUAUCAGUGUUUACUAUGUAGGACGCUUAAAUGUCGGUUGUUUAGAGUACACUAUUUUGGCAAAUGUGUCUGUGGUAUUAAUAGUGAUACAACUCAAGCUUUCAAAGAUUGCAUUGCAUUUUCUGCAGUGCAUCAAACCAGAUGCUGGGAAAUGCUUUCUAAAUAUGGGUUGUGGUUUUUAUAGCAUUAGUAUAGUCAUUAAGAGUAACACAGACAUCGAUGUAGGUGUACUCUCUUUGAAGGACUGUUGGAAGUGGAUGGAGAAUUUGCUUACAAGGGAUGGUAAAAAUUUAAACCUGAACCAUUUUCAUUUAACAGAUUUUCAGUU